AUGUACGGUAAGAAGGAGACCUCCACAUGCCACGGAUAUCUGCUAAUGUGGGUCACGUGGAGGGACACCUGUCUGCCUCAUGGUCCCUGCCUCAUGGUCCCUGCCUCAUGGUCCGCCCCUCAUGGUCCGCGCCUCAUGGUCCGCGCCUCAUGGUCCGCCCCUCAUGGUCCGCGCCUCAUGGUCCGCCCCUCAUGGUCUGCCUCAUGGUCCGUGCCUCAUGGUCCGUGCCUCAUGGUCCGCGCCUCAUGGUCCGCCCCUCAUGGUCUGCCUCAUGGUCUGCCUCAUGGUCUGCCUCAUGGUCUGCCUCAUGGUCCGCGCCUCAUGGUCCGCGCCUCAUGGUCCGCCCCUCAUGGUCUGCCUCAUGGUCUGCGCCUCAUGGUCCGCGCCUCAUGGUCCGCGCCUCAUGGUCCGCCCCUCAUGGUCUGCCUCAUGGUCCGCCCCUCAUGGUCCGCCCCUCAUGGUCCGCCCCUCAUGGUCCGCGCCUCAUGGUCCGCGCCUCAUGGUCUGCGCCUCAUGGCCUCAUGGUCUGCGCCUCAUGGUCUGCCUCAUGGUCUGCGCCUCAUGGUCUGCCUCAUGGUCUGCGCCUCAUGGUCUGCGCCUCAUGGUCUGCCUCCGUAUCUCACGGCUAAACUCACUAUAAUCCUAUGCUUAGCCUGGGAUCAGAAGGAAAACGGAGGAAUGACGUCGGAGAAAUCGCAGGUUUUGACCGUCAACGAGAAACAUGUGCAGAGGAGGCAGCUGCUUUAUGUCACUGUGGCCCAAACUCCUGAUGCAAACGUGAACUGGGAUGCUCCUGUUUCACCCUCGCUAUGGGACCUUGGGGGUGAAAAGGCGGUUCUGAUCAAGAUGAGCGAGCUGCAGAAAAGGCCCAGACAGCCAACGAGUGAUGAAGAGGAGGAGGAGGAUGAUGAUGCCCCGCCCACUCCGUCACAACAAAAGAGCAGACUGUGA